AAAUAUAGUUUAAGUUCAUCAAGAAAUUAAAGUUCUGUGUGGUGACCACAUCAAUUAUAAAAUAUUUUCUAAAUAUGACUGAUAAACUGUCUCACUGUCGUUUUUGUGGAGAAAAUAAAAAAUUAAAAUAUCAACUGAAUUAUUCCACAGAUCAAGAAAUGUUACAAGAUAUUUACAAAAAAGUGAAAUGUUUAAAAAUUGAUUUUCUUGACAUAGAAUGUAACAUGUUACCAAAAACCAUUUGUCAACUAUGUUACAAAAGUUUAGGAGAUGCUUAUAUUUUUUUAGAAAAAAUAAAAGAAGCCCAAAUAAUGUUGAAAAACUUUUAUAACAGUACAAUAACUGAUAUAUGCGAAUUCACAGUGAAGAAAGAAAAAGAUGAAGAAACAGAUAUUUAUGAAGAAAAUUUUGAAGCAGAAGUAAAUAAUACUGAAAUAAUUUUCAAAAAGGACCCUGUUAAUUUUUCAGCAACAGAUUCAGAAAAAAUAUUACAUACAUUUGAAAAUCAUAUAAGUUCGUUAACAGAAAAUUUAAAACAAAAUAAGAAAAAGAAAUGUAGAAAUAAUCAUACAAAUUCUUCAAAUAAGAACCAUAGAACAAAUACAUCCAUAAAAAUGAAUAAUACAUCCAUGGAUACACUAGAGAAUAUGAGUAAUACAUCUAUAGAUACAUUUAAAAAUAUGGAUACAGAUUCAAAAAAUAUUUCAUGGAUGGAUUAUGAAUGGGUUUGUUGCCAUUGCCAUGCAAAUUUCAACUCUAUGUCAGAAGUCAGAGAUCACAGUAAAGUUGUACAUGCAAUCUGUUAUGGAUUCCAAUGCAUGGAUUGUAUGGAGAUUUUCAAUUAUUUUAAUCCAUUUAUUGAACAUGUUAGACAACAUAAAGAGAUGUUGAGGCUACAUUGCCAGUACUGCAAUAAAAAAUCCGCCACUGCCGACGAGGUGACUACCCACGCCGCCAGUCACUGGCACGUUAGCCAUAUUUGCGAGCUAUGCGGUGAGGAACUGCCAAGCCGACCGGCAUUGGAGCGCCACAGGCGAGUGUAUAAGAGAGCUCCCUUGUCAUCUAAAUGUUAUAAGAAGAAGUUGAGGAAGGUGAAAUGUUCUAUCAGUUGGAAGGAGUACGAGUGGACUUGUCAGGACUGCUGUCUCAAGCUGCCAGACAUCAGCAGCCUACGUGUCCACACUCAGGAGGUACACCGCAAAUGCUUCGCCAUGAAGUGUGUGGACUGUCUCGCUGUUAUGGUCAACUUUAAGCAGUUUAUUGAACACGUCACGGCGCAUAGGAGUUGUUUGGGAAACUACUGUCAAUAUUGUGACGCGUACUAUCCAAACGGCCGGGAACUAGACAGUCAUAUAUCGACACACACAUCAACCUCUAAACCUUGCGAUGGUUGUGGUGACAUGUUCCCAGAUAGUACGUCUCUCACGCAACACAUGACUCUGUUUGACACGCCGAGAGUGAGAGGAACCAGCAACUCGGAGAGUUCGACUUGCGGAGUCUGUAAUAAACACUUCCCGAAUAGGUUUCAGCUGAAGAAUCAUAAAGUGAUCCAUAGCGAUAAACGCGAACGAGACCAAGUUUGCCACACUUGCGGGAAAGCGUUCUUUGACGCUAAAACGCUAGCCAACCAUAUAAAAACACACUACAACAAGACAGAAACCUGCGAGAUAUGUCAAAAGACUUUUCUCACUAAACAAAGACUCAAAGUCCACAUCGCUACGCAUUUGGAGAUAAAACAAUUUGUUUGUAACGAAUGCGGCAAAAAGUUUAGGAGGAAAAGUCAGUUGCGAUUGCAUUUGGCAUCGCAUAGCAAUGUGAUGGCGUUCCAAUGCCAGACUUGUAGCAAGAGGUUUAGGUUGCAAAGUUACUUGAAGAUUCAUGAGAGGCAGCAUACAGGCAUAAGGCCGUACUCUUGCGAAGUAUGCAACGAGACCUUUAACCAUUGGGGCAACUGUAAUAGACAUAUGAUCAGAAAACAUGGUGUAACCUUCGCGAAGACCAAGAUCACUGCUCAAGGGAAACUGGACAUCAACAGAGAGACAGGAGAAGCGAAGAAGAUAGAGAUAGGCGGUAACGCGAGGGAGUGGUGCGAUGAAAUGCUGAGGCCGAAGAAACGGGGGCGGAAGAAGAAGGAAACAUAAAAAGACGGAGAUGUCCCGGAACUGCUGCCAGUAUUGUGACGAGACCACCGCCCAGUUGACAACACAUAUCCAGAAGCACUUCCCAAAGAACCAUGUGUCCUGCCCCUCUUGUGGCGAGAUCCUCACAAACGAGGAGGCCCUAC